CGUCCGCCCCCUGGGCCUGGCGGUCGCGCCUGCGCACUGGCAGCUGGCCGGGUGCUCGCAGGGGGAGCUGCUGCAGGCUCCGCGGCGGCGGCAACGGAGGCUGCGGGGGUGGCGGCGCGAGCGGCCGGGCUUGGGGUGGGAGCCGAGCCCGGCCCGGGAACCGUAGCAGCUAGAGUGCGGGGUACCUAGGCCCCUCACGCUGGACUCCACAGUCUCCAGGCCGCCUGAUCUCCGCACGGGUAUAUGGGAUGGAAGCGGGACCCUCGGGAGCAGCUGCGGGCGCAUACCUGCCCCCUCUGCAGCAGGUGUUCCAAGCACCUCGAAGGCCUGGCAUUGGCACAGUGGGGAAACCAAUCAAGCUUUUGGCCAAUUACUUUGAGGUGGACAUCCCUAAGAUUGACGUCUACCACUACGAGGUGGAUAUCAAGCCGGAUAAGUGUCCUCGCAGAGUCAACAGGGAAGUGGUGGAGUACAUGGUCCAGCAUUUCAAGCCUCAAAUCUUCGGUGACCGCAAGCCCGUGUAUGAUGGAAAGAAGAACAUUUACACUGUCACAGCACUGCCCAUUGGCAAUGAACGGGUUGACUUUGAGGUGACAAUCCCUGGGGAAGGGAAAGAUCGAAUAUUCAAGGUCUCCAUCAAGUGGCUGGCCAUUGUGAGCUGGCGCAUGCUGCAUGAGGCCCUGGUCAGUGGCCAGAUCCCUGUUCCGCUGGAGUCUGUGCAAGCCCUGGAUGUGGCCAUGCGGCACCUGGCCUCCAUGAGGUACACCCCUGUGGGCCGCUCCUUCUUCUCACCGCCUGAGGGCUACUACCACCCGCUGGGGGGUGGGCGCGAGGUCUGGUUCGGCUUUCACCAGUCUGUGCGCCCUGCCAUGUGGAAGAUGAUGCUCAACAUUGAUGUCUCAGCCACUGCCUUCUACAAGGCGCAGCCAGUGAUCGAGUUCAUGUGUGAGGUGCUGGACAUCAGGAACAUAGAUGAGCAGCCCAAGCCGCUCACAGACUCUCAGCGUGUGCGCUUUACCAAGGAGAUCAAGGGCCUGAAGGUGGAAGUGACCCACUGUGGACAGAUGAAGAGGAAAUACCGCGUGUGUAAUGUUACCCGCCGCCCUGCCAGCCAUCAGACGUUUCCCUUGCAGUUGGAGAGUGGACAGACUGUGGAGUGCACAGUGGCACAGUAUUUCAAGCAGAAAUAUAACCUUCAGCUCAAGUAUCCCCACCUGCCCUGCCUGCAAGUUGGCCAGGAACAAAAGCAUACCUACCUGCCCUUAGAGGUCUGUAACAUUGUGGCUGGGCAGCGCUGCAUUAAGAAGCUGACUGACAACCAGACUUCGACCAUGAUAAAGGCUACAGCUAGAUCAGCCCCAGACAGACAGGAGGAGAUCAGCCGCCUGAUGAAGAAUGCCAGCUAUAACCUAGACCCCUACAUCCAGGAAUUUGGGAUCAAAGUGAAGGAUGACAUGACGGAGGUGACGGGACGAGUGCUGCCGGCUCCCAUCUUGCAGUAUGGCGGCCGGGUGAGCAGGAACCGGGCCAUUGCCACACCCAAUCAGGGUGUCUGGGACAUGCGGGGGAAACAGUUCUACAAUGGGAUUGAGAUCAAAGUCUGGGCCAUCGCCUGCUUCGCACCCCAAAAACAGUGUCGAGAAGAAGUACUCAAGAACUUCACAGACCAGCUGCGGAAGAUUUCCAAGGAUGCAGGGAUGCCCAUCCAGGGCCAGCCUUGCUUCUGCAAAUAUGCGCAGGGGGCAGACAGCGUGGAGCCCAUGUUCCGGCAUCUCAAGAACACCUACUCAGGGCUGCAGCUCAUUAUCGUCAUCCUGCCAGGGAAGACGCCAGUGUAUGCUGAGGUGAAACGUGUUGGAGAUACACUCUUGGGGAUGGCUACGCAGUGUGUACAAGUGAAGAACGUGGUCAAGACCUCACCUCAGACUCUGUCAAACCUCUGCCUGAAGAUCAAUGUCAAACUUGGUGGCAUAAACAACAUCCUAGUCCCACACCAGCGCUCUGCAGUCUUUCAACAGCCAGUGAUAUUCCUGGGAGCAGAUGUUACACACCCCCCAGCGGGGGAUGGGAAAAAACCUUCUAUCACAGCAGUGGUAGGCAGCAUGGAUGCCCACCCCAGCCGUUACUGUGCUACUGUGCGGGUGCAGAGACCUCGGCAGGAGAUCAUUGAAGACUUAUCUUACAUGGUGCGUGAGCUGCUCAUCCAGUUCUACAAGUCCACCCGCUUCAAGCCUACCCGUAUCAUCUUCUACCGAGAUGGGGUUCCCGAAGGCCAGCUCCCUCAGAUACUCCACUAUGAGCUGCUGGCCAUUCGUGAUGCCUGCAUCAAACUGGAAAAGGACUACCAGCCUGGAAUCACUUAUAUUGUGGUGCAGAAACGCCAUCACACCCGCCUUUUUUGUGCUGACAAGAAUGAGCGAAUUGGGAAGAGUGGUAACAUCCCAGCUGGGACCACUGUGGACACCAACAUCACCCACCCGUUUGAGUUUGACUUCUACCUGUGCAGCCACGCAGGCAUCCAGGGCACCAGCCGACCAUCCCAUUACUAUGUCCUUUGGGAUGACAACCGUUUCACAGCGGAUGAGCUCCAGAUCUUGACGUACCAGCUAUGCCACACUUACGUACGAUGCACACGCUCCGUCUCCAUCCCAGCACCUGCCUACUAUGCCCGCCUGGUAGCUUUCCGGGCACGAUAUCACCUAGUGGACAAGGAACAUGACAGUGGAGAGGGGAGCCACAUAUCGGGGCAGAGCAAUGGGCGGGACCCUCAGGCCCUGGCCAAAGCCGUGCAGGUUCACCAGGAUACUCUGCGCACCAUGUACUUCGCUUGAAGGCAGAAAGCUGUUACCUCACUGGAUAGAAGAAAGUUUUCCAAGCCCCAAGAGCUGUGCUGCCCAAAUCCAGAGGAAGCAGGGAGGAGGGAGGUGGAGUAGGGAGGAGUGCAGAAGGCCUUGUUUCCUUCUACAGAUGGGGCAAAAGGGUGGGGAACAGGGCCAGUAAGCCAGAACACCAGCCAGAAAUUUCUGAUAUUCACCUCAUACCCCUCACCCCAUCUUGUCACAUCUGGCCCUGACCACUGGACCAAGAGGGGCAGCACCGGUGCCCACCACACACACAGGUGUCUCAUGUGACUCACAGUGCUAAAGACUCAUGCCUGGCAGCUUGGUAAGGUCGGCUCUGCAGUCCUUCGGACAAAAGCUGGUAGGUUUGGGUUCGAUACUUUAGAUGGGAAAGUGAGGUACUUGAGAAAGUGGGUGGGAGGAGGGAAGGAUUUUUUAGGAGCCUUAAUCAGAAAAGGUCUAGAUUUGUUUAAGAAGAAAAACGAAACCAGACCCAGAUCAAUAUUUUAGGAUACAAGAUGUUUUGAUGGGUUAAGUAUCCACUUUGUAGGAAGGUUUUUUAAUGCUAAUGGUUUUGGUUGCUCCUCCCCCUGCCGCCACCCCCCCCCCCUUUUCCUUAUUCUUCUCUCUCUACCUUUUCCUACCCUACCUUGUACCUCCUCCCUGAUAAGACAUCCAGCCCCUAAUAUGACUUAAGGCACUAUGGCACUUAGCUCUGAAGUGACAUGACCCUGUCUUCCUUCCGCCUGCUGGUGGGUAACCAGUGCCUUCCCUGUAACGGUAAUGCUGCAGAACUGCAACCUUUUGUACCUUUCUUUGGGGGGAUGGGGUGGGGGUGGGAGAGGAGGUAGGUAGGUGGGUAAGAAAUACCCCUAACCCAACAAGCCUCCAGCCAGACCGCCAGCUAUUUUGCAUUUAAAGGAAUUGACUUUCAUAUUCAUUGAGCUUUUUAAAAGGUUACAACCUCAAGAUGGUUAAAAUCCAUUGACAUUUGCACUUUCAGACCUGACAAGUCUCUGAAGCUGCUGAGAUGACUGGCUAUACCUCCUUUCCUCCCUGUCCUCCCACCACCCUCCCCGCUUGCCUGGGUCUGGAGUUACUUUCAUAGCUUUUCUCACUCUUGGCUUAUUUUUUUCCCCCAAUGGUCAAGUCUCGUAUGUUUCAAUAUUUCUUAACUGGGGUGUCUUAAAACAAGCGAUCCUUAGGUCUAAAAUAAGAAAAAAGAGCAAAAACUAAAUGUUAUUUUUAUACCAUAACUUGAGUCUAUUGCCAAAAUCUGGAUAUCCCUCCAAUGCCCAAUGAGUUUACAUCCCAGAAACAUUGAGCCAUUAGAAGGAACUCUGUACCUGACUUGUUCUUUGGCCUGGCUGGGUAAGGGGCGGUUAUCUCCCCAAUGUGGGGCUCAGGCUCCAUCUUUCCUCCGUGCAGAAAAUACCUUUUUCUUGCUACAGCUCCCCCCUCUGCACUGCCCUGCACUCUUUCCUGCAAGUGCGUCUUCCCCUUCCUCUGGACUGUCUGACACUUUGGUUCACCCAGAUUCCAGCGUGUCCUGUGAAUAGGCUGGAGGAUUUUGCUGCUCCCUAUUGCUUCUGUUUACACGAAUGAAUUUUUCCUGGUUUCCCGCUAGGGCAUGUGAAUGAGUGGCAUGGGCUUUUUUUUUUUAUUUGUUUGUUUGUCUGUUUGCCUGGAUAGAAAUGGGGUUUGGCUGUCUUGUAGAACCGGAAGUGUAGGGGGUUCUAGCUUGGUGCCUGCUGGCCUAAAGGCAAGGCCCCCUCUUUCCUUGACUGUUCAUUUUCUCCUUUCCCACUGCUUGGGAUGAGAACUUGCAGCUUCAGUAUGGAAAUUUCUCUUUUUGAGUAGCCUGGGCUUGGGUUUGCCCCAGUCUGGUGAUAAAGCCAUGACACUUUAGACCUAGUUCAGGCAUGGAGGCCAGCCGGAGGAAAGCCGGUCUGAAUCUGGCCCUGAGCGGUUAAAGCUACCACUUUCCCUCCCCAGCAGCCCUUGUACAGACCCAGAUUUGCUAUGCAAAACAGUCACUCCCAGGUUCUGUUCUGGUUGGCUACUUUGUUCAGUAACUUCACAAAACAUAGCACAAACAUUGACUAUGGAGGAAGGCAUCAGGACUGUUGAGUAACUCUUCCUUUACUUCUUUCCUACUGGCUACAGCAUUGGGUGCCCCAUGGGCACAGCCCAGCUGAAGAACAGAAUGGAGGGCUGUGGGAGGAGUUAGCUCACUGGAGAGCCUACAUUCCUUACACAAGUGCCUAAAGAGAGUGAUGCCAACACUCCAUCUGCCCUGUCCAUCGCCGUCAUAUACUGUCUACUUCAUGUUCAGUCACCCUUAGGGGAGGGGAGCUCUGCAUGUUCUCUUCUUGGGACAGUGGGCUCUGCAUGUUCUCUUCUUGGGUGCAUUUUGGGGCUAGGAUCAGGGCAUUAUUCCUGAAGGGUCCAGUCAUUCACCAGCAUUUGCAAUUAUCCAUAGGGAGCUGGUGGUAGCCACCUACUCUCAGCAACAAGUUUGUGUUCUUUUUCUCUUUGCCUCACUCUCUCCAGUUGAGUUUGGAGCUGGGGCUUGAAAUGUAUUUUUUAGCCCUUUGGCAUUGCACAUGCCAUUCAACAAAUAAAAGCAAGAGAAACAGCUUGGGCAAUAGCAAGAAAAUGACUUCUUGCUCUGAUUUUAUUAUUUUUUUAAUCUUUGAGACUUGAAAAACAACCCUUGACCUUGAGGAUUAUUCUUGUUUGAAAGGUGGUGCAUGCAGAUUGGGAAUUGGUAUUGGCAACAAGCUUUGGCUUUCUUGGAUAUGGUUUAGGUGGUGCUGCUCACUUAAGCUCUGAGGAAGCACUGGAUAACCCCAGCCUCAUCUUUUUAGAUCAGUCUCGUGCUCCUUCGUUCCACUCUUUGCCUUGCUUUUCCUCUUCUCUCUUUGCCUGGCUUCCUUUUUUUUUUUUUUCCUUUUCACUCAGCUUGCUUGCCGAUCUGCCUGCCUGAUGAUGAAUUCUCUAUGUGGCUACAAUGAUCCCACUGUUAGCUGGGAAGGUCAGGCUUAGCUUUUUGGCUGCAGAAGACCCAAGAAUCUGUUCCCCAAGCCCAGUGAUGUUCUCUUUGGGCUGGACUGCCCUCGAGCUUACAAAGGGGCUGAGCAGCAGGCCUGCCCAAAUGGCUUGAAAUCAGGGGCUUCUGUCAACUUUCACACCUGUCCACUCCUUGGAGUUAGUUUCUCUCAUUGCUUUUUCUUGAUCUGGUUCCAUUUUUCUCUACUUUGGGCUUCCCUAUCCUGAGAAUCUGUUAGGAUUGAGCUAUUUAGGUAUCCAGGGUUCAUUGUUAGGGGAUAGACAUGGGGAAAGAAGAGAUCAAUAGAAAGAGAAUGGACAGAAUUUGGAUAAAAAAUGGGAAGGGAGAGCACUGCUUAUUGAUCAUUUUUCCAGUCCAGCCUGGGCCCUUGGGGGUUGAGGUGCUAUUGCUUGUCUCUGGGGAUAAGCCAGGUCUCCCGUUGCUGGGAACAUCGGGCUGGAAUAAUGCUGAAGAAGAAGGUACUUAAAGGCAUAAAACCUCCCUAAAAAGCUCCUGGUUUUCACCUAGUAGAUCGUUCCUCUUCAGCUAAGCUACAGUGUUCUUGGAGUUUUCUUUUUCUUGUCCAGAAUUCUGUAAAUGAGACUUAACACCCAAGAUGGGCAGCCAAAGAGAUGGUUCUUAGCUGGCCCGUGGAAUAUCUGCAAGGUGGGUAGGGCAGUGUUUUAGACCUGGCUUCAUGAGUAACACAGGGAAAUGGAAGUUUUUUCCUCUUCAAGGUAGAAAGUCAUCUCAAACUAGCCAAAAUGCAGUUUUGGGAACUACAUAGGGGGGAGCUAUUUUUAUUUAUAUUUAUUGGGCCUAGGCCAAUCCAGGAUGGUAGCUGGGAUGCCUUCCUUUUUAAAGUCUGAUCAUGGCAGGGAUGUGCGGGGCACUCUUUUCUAUUUGGCCUUCUAAGCAGAUUGGGGAGAAGGGAAGCUCCGGUUUUCUGUUUCCCCCAUUUAUUAGGACUUGCCUUCUCCCUGAGCAGGGAGAAGCUAGGUUGGUGCUCUCCUCUUACUCUACUCCUAUUGACUUAGAACCUCUGGCUGUUGUUUGGGAGCCCAAGAAUGGGAGUGGAGGGAAUGGCUCAAAACAACAAAAAAUCAGAAUAAGGUGAGGAAGGCAGACUUCCUUUUUUUAAAAAGGAAAAUAAACUCCAAGGACUGUGCAAGUAAAGACAAUGUAUCAAAUGCACAGUGUCCCCUGGUAUAGUAGCAAUAAGAAAGAAUGAAAUGACUUUCCUGUACACGCAGUCCAACCUGAAUGGUGUGCGAUGUUGGCACUUAGCAGCCAUCUGGUGGGCAUGUGUGACUACUCUGGGUUUUACUUUAGUUUCUAAACUUUUUAUCCUUCUCAAGUGCAGCAUGGAUAGGGAAUUGUCCCUGGAGCCCCACAGCUGUGUACUUGUUUGCAUUUGUUUCCCUUUGAGACUUGUGUUUGUGUCCUGCUCUGAGCUGUACCUUGUCCAGUCUGUUAUUGUAAAAUUAUCCCAGCAGCUGUAAUGUACAGUUACUUCUAAAGCAAGCAACAGCAGCAGCACAAUUCCGUGUUUUAUAAAGACAUUGGUGGCUUCUGUUUCUAAAGUGCGGUCUCUCUCUCUCUCUCUUUUUUUCUUGUUGGCGAAGCAAACUGUUGGGAUUAAUUAUAUCUCUGAUAAAUUUUAAGCUAGAAUAAUUGAUUGCCACAAGAGCAGAACCAUCACUUCUAAAGGAGGAAAGUGCAAAAAACAAAUCCCAGAGUGUUGAAACUGCAGAUUGCAUGUAAUCCUAUUUCACAGGGCCUCUAUUUAUUCUUCAACAAACAUGCAAAGUACUGUGUCCAGAAAUAUUGUUGGGAAAAAAGGCAGGCACAAUUCAAAAAUGAGGAAGACUCUCCUUAAGGAGCUUAAAAGUUUGGUUGGGGUUAUGAGUAGCCACAUGGUCGCCUGGUACAGGAAAGAGAUGAUGAGGGACUGAAACAAGGCUAUAAGGCUAUAGCAAUGAAGAUGGGAAAGGGCAUUUGAGAAACACUCAGGAGUUAGAAUUAAUAGGACUGAAUGGAUAAUGGAAGGCGAAGAGAGAAGUAGAAGCUAAUAAUGACCACGUUUCCGCUUGAGCAAGUGACUGCACUGGGACAUUCUUCUAACCAAGAUGUGAAUAGAAAAGACUAUAGAAGGAACCUGGUGAAUUUUGAGAAGAAAGACAAUUAGCCUUGUAGAGACUGAGUUUUGAGGUUCCCAUGGGGCAGUGAGGUUGAGGUUUCCAGUAAACAACUUACGUUUUGGUGCUCAGGGAAGACUACAAAACUGCAAUUAUAGAUGUGGGAUUAUAGAUGAUAGUUAAAGCCAUAGGAAUGGAAAAAAAUGGUUUAGAUAAAGAGUAGAGUGAGAGAAACAUGUACAACUCUAGGAAACACAGGUUAAGGGAUGCGGAAAGCAAGCGGAGCCUAAGAUAACUGUCAAAUCACUAGUAGAUAUUUUGUAUAUUUUUGAUUUAAUGAGGUGGGAGAAAAGUCAAAAGAAUGGAAUAGAAUCCAAGAAGGGUGUGAUUAACAACAUGAACUGCUACAGUGGGAAAGGGGUAUAUUUUUCUACUCAGUUUACCAUCCUCCACCCCAUCUUCUUUGGGAUUUUAGAACUUUAUGGUCAUUCUCCAGUAUUUCUUGAAAAGGAGCAUUGGAAAAACCUAAUUUAAAUAAGGCUAAGACUAGGUCUUCCAAGCUGUUCACCACAACCGCCACCACCACCUCCAGCUUCCUCCUGUUUUCAGGAGAUACUUGUAAAAGAAUAAAAUAAACAAGUCUAAUUUUGUUCCUAA